AUGUCCGCCUCGCUGGCACCAGAAUGCAACGAAGUAAAAGAACGAUACGAUACCUGCUUCUUAAAGUGGUACAGCGAAAAGUACCUGCGAGGAGCGGAAACAGACAACAAGGAGUGCGCGGAUCUCUUCAAGCAGUACCAAAAAUGUCUCGGGGUUGCACUCAAAGACAGGGGCAUUGACAAACUCCUCGACGACGCUCGCGAGGAUAACAAGGAAAAUGACGCAAGUGCUGGUGCCCAACAUGUCGUCAACUCGCCCCCUGAGCAGUCUUCACUGUUCGGCUGUUCGGGCGAGGCAGUCCUCUUGCCCAGAAAUGCAAACGAAAUAUACAUCGACGUGGUAUCUAUGCUGCCAGAGCGCCGACGUCCGUUCUCACAGAAAGUUCUCGGAGAAAACAUGUCCCCGAGAGCCACGCCACCCCCAAUCCAUCCGCUGUCCUCAACCGCAAACGUCGUUGUUGUUACUGCUGCUGCUGCUACCACCACCAGCCCCUGGGCAGAGUUGACGGCCUGCUUGAGAAAGUCCAUUGUCCGAGCGAGGAAGAAGGCAAAGAUCCAAAUGAUGAAUUCACUCGCAACGCCUCGUUCGGACGUCCCGCGGCCCUCCCCUCGGCCCUUAUCCAUCACCCCUCUUGGCUUGAUUUCCACCAGGCGCAUUGGGCGUCCAGCAUGGGAAUGGCGGCAGGGAAGGCUUUGCAGCCGAGCCAAAGAUGGCGGCAUUGCACUGUGGUCCUCGGGCUACGGCAAAAUCAUUGCAGCUAGACAAGCUCAAGAAGCUUUGGACCAGAGGGAAAUUGUUCAAGAGACAGAGAGCACGUCGCUGUCUUGCAUCUGGAAGCGCGCAAGCCUGCCGACCAACGGCGCCGGCCACGCCGCGCAGGAGCGCUGGGAUGCAAAGAGGUUCGCGAUGAAGCCCUCUUGGCUGAUUUUUCCGGGACAACUCAGAGUGCGCAAAAGAGGUCUCCAGAUGGACAUGGCCGCUGAUCUGUUGCAGCGCCAGCCUCGUCACCACAUCACACGUGACGACUUUUGCAAAGCUUCACGGACGCCGGACGCCCGGCACAUGGACUGGCCCACGGCCCACGGAAGCUUGUACAAGAGGAACGUUUGA